CAAUUUGUGGAAAGCUACCGAGAGCAGGAGGCAGCCCAUAGGGUAAGGUUUUACAAGGGUACCCUAUCUUGGCAUCGUCACGGCGGGGUAUCUUACUGCUUCCUGUGCGACAGAUACGAAUACUUUUAAGGCCGACACAACGAAGCGAACCUGACCUACCUAAGGUACCCAAAGCACUUCUCGUUACCUUAUUGAGAACCGUGGUCUCCCACCUGGAGUCUAUUAUUCAACAUUCAACACCGAGGGACUCUAUCCUCUGUCACGACUUGCGAUUUCCGCUGAUCUGCUGAUCCCCCACCCCCGCCACCUUCCAGAAGACGCGUGCUUUUGCGCUCAUGGGGUUCCUCGGACUUGGUAGGGGCUCCGGCUCCUGGUUCUUGAUCCUUUGCCUGGCCUUGAUCUUCUUGCCAGGUAGAGCGCAUGCCUUUGGAGCUGGUAAUAUCCCCAGCAUCGCGCAGAUCGAAGGCUUCAACUUUCGUCAUGGAGACAUAGAGGACUUCCUCUCUACUGUCGUCUUCCUGAAGGGCAAAAAAUGGUCAAGCCUGAACAUUUCCCGUGUCUACUUCGGAAAUUGGCUUAGAGACUAUAGUCAGGCUAUUGACACGGCCAGCUUGAAGGGUGCCAACGCGGCGACCGUUCGGAUUCUGGUAUGGGUUCUUUCUUUCCUAGCGCAUGGCUAUGCGACCGAGGAGUUUGAAGUCACCGAAGAGAGACUUGGUGUCUACAGACCGGAAGAGCACACCGACAACCCCCUCGGCUACCCUGAUGAUGGGCAGACCUACGAUCCUAGGCUCCGACCCCCUGUUCGUGAAGCCGAGAUAGAGAUAGACAGCCGUACAGGCAUGAAAAACUACAUUACCAACGAAUCCGGCGACUGGGCCACGAGCUCUGGUUAUAUCCGAUUCAGCCUCAAACGUUCCAUCCAUUACGGCAGGGUCUACACGAGCGGAUCGGGAAAUAGCUCCGGCAGAGAAGAGGAUCUUUGCGAGGCGCUACGCUGCUUGGGACAAGCUCUCCAUACCCUGGAAGACUUUCCCGCCCAUAGCAACUAUUGCGAACUCGCACUCCGCGAGCUUGGCUACCACGACGUGUUCCCCCACUGCGGCGUGGAUUCGGAGAUUGACCUGCAAGGGAAGAGAGUAUAUCCUCUCGUCACCGGCACGUUUGGAGGUGUCGAUUUCCUGCAUUCCGUCAUUGGAGAAGUGAACGACAACUUGAGCCAGUCCGAGCUCGAUGAGCUUAAUGCCGCGGUCGCCAAUGCUCAGAGCUUGACCAAGGUCGAUUCCGGCUCUCAGUCGCGCGGGCUCUUCGGGCCAUCAUCCGGCGGCUCAUCUCCGGGCGACUUCAUUUCCCUUGUCAGCCAGUUACCCGGCAUCGGUGACGGGUUUGCCCGUGAGGCACAGGCCUUGAAGGCUUCCUCCGACGAGCAAGCGCAGCAGAAUAGUCGGUCUCUUUUUGGCAGCAGCGACAAUGCCAAUGUCGUCCCUGGUAUGAGCGCCGACUUUGACCCGGUCAAGACGGCCCGUCGAAUCUACCCCAUUCUCCAGUUUCGGGACAAGAUCGUAAAGGCCAUCAACCGUUUCAUCUCCAAGGUCCCCGGUCUGGAGAAGCUCCUCGACCACAUCGGCGAGACGCUUACGGCAUUCGUCCUGGGGCUCCUUGCCCCCUUCAUCCAGCCGAUCGUUCAGCAGGUCUCUCAGAUCCUCAAGGAGGGAUCUUCCACCGUUAUCGGUGCGAGCGCCAAGUCCCAGUUUAUCCCAUGGGACGACCCUACAAGCACCAACCCUACUCACUCCAUGCUGUCUAAAGAUCACUUCACGAACAUUCUCAACUCGUGCGCCGGAAGAAUUGCAGUCACCAUCCUGCAAUACGCCGUUCCUCGUAUUGUGUACGCUUGGGAGAACCCCGGUGUUCCCGCUGAUGAGGUCAUCGACGACAUUCUUCGUGUGUACCACCAUCCAGCAAUCCGUGAUGAGAGCAUCGAGAUUCAGCGCACCAUGUUCAAUACCGUCCAGGAAUGGGCGAACAAUCAUCCACUUCGACACGAACUCUCUCACCUGCUCUCUUCAGAAUCAGUUAAAGACCACAAGAACCACGUCCUGAACCAGCAAACACAGCGAGACCGAGGUAUGGGUGGCUCGCACAGUUGUGGCGGCGGCAUGGGAGGUCUCGGCCAUGGGAAAACCAAGAACUCCCUCUGGAACCAGAUUAAGACGCGCGAUCGCAGCGCGAUGGAUGGCUCGGAUCGCGGGCCUCUGGCACCCGCCGUUGAACCGGCGGCGCAAGAAGAGUACGGUUAUCACCGGGAGGAGGACAGGUCUCAUGAAUACAGAGGCGAGGGGGGAGGGGAGAGCGCAGGCUAUUACGGGUCCGCACCCGUCGCGGCCCCGCCGAGUCAUUCGCCUCAACCCGGUGGUUGGGGGCAACCGUCCCGUCCACCCCCCGGCCAGUAUGGUGGCCCGCCGCCUGGCAGCUAUGGGGGUCCUCCCCCGGGUCAGUAUGGUGCUCCGCCCUCCGGGCACUAUGGAGGUCAUGGCGGUUAUGGCACCCCACCGCAGCCGCAAUACGGAUACGGUCCUCCUGGUGGAUAUCAGCAACAGCCACCCGCUCACCACCAGGGAUACGGAGCUCCGUCGCCUGGAUACCACCAGCCGCCUCCCCCAAGUGGAGGCUGGGGCCAGUACCCUGGGCAGUAUCGUUACUGAACGGAGGUGACCGGGUCAAAGAGACUCGCCAUGAUAUUCGAGGUGGAUACCUAGAUGAUUGCACACCGAUGUCACUUGUGGGCCGCGUAAGGUAGGGAGAAAGGAUGUUGGGUAGAUAGUUAGCCAUUUGAUUUUUGCCAGUGUUUUUUUCUUCGCUAUAGUAUGCGUAUGUUACCUAUUCCCUCCCGUGUUAACUCGGUUAUGAUUGUACAUACCUGUUGGCUGUCUCAUCAAGUGAAGAAAAGGAGAAAAUGCCUACUGUGCCCUGCCCU